CCCACCUUUACGUUUUUAUUGUUUGUGUUCAAAUGGUUUUUGUUUAAUUUAAUUAAGUUUGUGUUUAGGCAUUGGCUAGCUAUUGCAGGAAUAUUCUACGUCUGUAAUCCAUCGUGAAACACCUGAUUCCUGCUGACAACCUCUGGAUAUUCCGGAAAAGAAACAUGAACAUUUGCCGAUUGUGUCUAGCAAAGGACGCCAACUUUGCGGUUUUCGGUACUGGCACGACUGCCCUGAGAAUAAUGGCCUGCACAUCGUUGGAGAUCGAACCAGGUGACGGUCUGCCACAGUACAUAUGCCCUGCCUGUCGGUUGCGCCUGGAGGAGAUGCAUUGCUUCCGGCGCCGGUGCCAUGCGGCCGAUCGUCGUCUGAGGCGCCACAAGGCGUUGCAGCGGCAGGGGGUCAAAUCGAAGCUGGAGGAGAUGGAGGAGGAGCAGGCUGUCCUACAGGACGUGGCUGGAUGCACAAAAACAGCCUGCUCGGAGAACAAUGCCCAGUGGCGCGUGCAGGCUACCCAGCUCAUUCGCAGCGAGAUCGAUGCCUACAAAAAGGAGCUCCUCAGCACCUGCAAACAAGCUGUUCGCGCGGAUAUCGAACUGGAGCUUCGGUCGGAACUGGAGGGGGCGAUCCUGGCGGAGGCCAAGAAGGAGUUGCGUUUGAGCGUCCUGGACGACGUCUUCUACGAACUAGAGCGAUACUUUGUGCGCAAGCGGAACGAGACUGCAUUCGAUCAGGUUAAUUGUACCGAGAGCCUAGCCCCCGACUCCGAGAUAAUGAUUGGCUCAAAUAGUCAGCUGGCUGAAGACCAGUCCGAUGGUUUCUACGAAGCAGAGCCAGACGACAAUCUAGUGGAAUCUAACGAUAUAAGCGUGGUGGAGUUACUGGACGAUGAAGCAGUGCCCAGCAGACAAGUAGCUCCCACUCCUCCGGAUCCCGUGCCCAUGGUCGAGAUCAACAUGAACGAUCCCCAGCUGAGCCAUCUUCGCGAGGAGUUCAACAAAGACGUCUUUCUAAACACUCACAAGUCUCCCCUGAAGACAGUGAAAACCCAAUCGCCCUGCCACAAGAAAGUCCGCUUCGAAAGCCCUAAAAAGAAGCCCGAGAUAGUCUGCGAUAAGCACAAAUCGUGGAAAAGAAGGUUCUCUCAGGUGCCCGGGGAACCCGGCAAUUGUGUGCGCUGCCGUCUCAGAGGAGCCCAUAAGCUGAAUAGCUCUGUUUCGCAGCCUGUAUAAAAUAUAAAAUGUAUUUUAAUACUGACCAGAUACUCGUCCUUUUUCUACCUUUACAUUAUAAGCAUUUUUGUGUGCACAUCUGUUACAAAACGACAUUUAAAAAAUAAUCGUUUAAUAUUCUCCUUGCAUUCUUAAUUUGCAAUACAGAUUUUCUAAACAUAAGAAGUGAGAUAUUAAUAUUACAAUUUUAAAAUUAUUUAAAUUAAUUUAUUCUUUAAGUACAUUUUAUUUUAAGGUCUUCAGACUCAACAUGUUACUACAGAAAUUUCAUUUUUUUUAAUUUAAGAAGUUUGGUUGAAUAG